GAAGCAGGCGUACAGCUUGGACGCUGAGCAACCGACGAACCAGGGAGUGCCGGCCGGACAUCAGAUUCAUUAUCAGCAACAGCAUCACCACCUCCAGCAGCAGCAUCAUCAACUGCACCAGCAACCAGUGUACGCUUCGGUGAAUCCUGCUGCCAAGACGACUGUCCAGACGAUAACUUCCGUCGCUUCGGUCACUUCCAUCCACGACAAUCACUCCGAACGCGCAUCUCGAGCACCAUCGCAGACCAGCGACCAGAGAGCGGCGUUGUCUCACACGCAGCAACAGCAAACGGAUCCCGCUGCCAGCACCCAGGAGGAAGAGGAUCAGGAUAGUGGACCAUCCGAGGUUCCACCGGCAUUGCCACUGAUGGAUCCACUCGGAUCGCGCGAGAUCUCCCACGAAAGCAUUCACAUGCUCUGCUCUAGGCACGCCUCCAGGGACGAUGCCAUGAGUGUGCACAGCCACAAUAGCCACCAUACCGGGAUGAUGGACUGUGGGCUGCAGGUCAACGAGGAUGAGAUAGCGAAGGCUAUGAAAGGGGAGCAUCCGCUGAGUGCUCUCAGCCACGGGGAACUGUCCAUCGUAUCGAGCUUCAACGUCGGAGGUGGAGAUGUCUUCAGUGAUUGUGUUAUCGGCGAGAGUAUGAGAAGCCAAUUCGAUCAACUGGCGCGAUUGCGCGAAAUCUUUACCUCCCAGCUGGCCAUGGCCGAGGUAACGCCCUCGUUCCGACUCGGUGAUACGGGUAGCGUGUACAGUGAACCGGCGUAUCGCUUCAACGCCGGUCCGGGCAGUGUUUGCAGUGAACCAGCGUACCGUCCUCCCAGCCCCCGGUGCCGUGACUGUCGCCAAUCGCUCACCAUGUCCCGGACGCCCAGCCAAAGCUCACUGCCCAGUCUGACGGGCAUCGUGGCGAUCGCUGGGAUGGAGCAGUACGCAUCCCUUCGCCAUCCGGACGGCGCAUCGGAUCCUAAUUUGCCAAAGCUGGAAAAAGCAACUGACGAGCUGCACACAGCAUCCGAUCGGUUGCACGAUCACGACGACAACAGCAUAACGAUCCACAUCCGGGAGAACCCCCUGGCGGAGCUACACUGUGGUGUUGGUGGUGGUGGUGGUGGUGGUGGUGAUGGUGAGGAUCCGGAUGGGAGUCAGAUGAAAGCGAGUUCCGCGUUGCUUCCACCACAAAGCAUCCUUCCUGCUCUCCCUCUGCUUCCCAUCUCGACACCGGAAGCGUACGAUAGCGGCCAUGACUCGACACCGCGUACCUCGAAACACUCGGGAAUUUCGCGGCGAGCCGAAAGUGGUUACCACAGCGUUGGGACGGUGCGUGAUAGCGAUGAGUCAAGCUUCGGAUCGGCCGCAUCCCGGGGAGCUCAUCAGCAAAAGUCCGUCGGUGCCGCGGGUAAGAAACGGCACCGGCCGGACAACAAAUCGCUUUGCCACUGGCUGCGAAAUCCCUUCAACUGCACCUACCCCGAUACGGAGGGUGAAGUGAGUGACUUCUAAUGGUCCGGCAUGCCAACCGAUGCGUCCGGACCGAUGCUGCUUUAGCUAAUUUUAUCAUUUUUGUUUUAAAAACUCGAAACUUUCCUGUUUUAUGUUCUGUCUCGCUGUGUACGUACGUAUGUGUGUAUGUAUGUUUGUGUGCUGGACUAUGCUGGCCAGCCAAACGCCUAACGCCUGACAAUAAAUACAACGAUCGCUUAACCCCCGUACCAAUUUGCUGGACUGGACUGGAUUUGUAGCACAGGAAGAAGGAACAGUAUAGUGGCGGCUACACUUACCAGAAGGUCCCCUCUCGAUCCGGCGCCGUGUGCAUUGCGUGCUUAGUAAUCGCCGUGUUUUGGAAGUGACUUUGUGGCCACGCAACCCAUCGAUCGAUCGAACGAUUGCCAAUGCCUUGCAGCUGAAGCUUGCUUCCCAUUUCGCGUGAUCUCAUCGUCUAUCGCUGGUUAUUUACUUAUCUUACCCACUGUUUAGCCUUGCGAUCCUUUCUCUCUCGAUCUUUCUCUUCUCUCUUCUUAUCGUACACAGUUGACGAACAUUUUCUCAAAGCCGAGGUGCACCAUUAUAACAACUUUUAUUUUAAUUUAAAACACAUUUUAAUAGAAGGAAACAAUACAAGGAAGAGAGAGAGAUUGAGAGACGAUCGAGACGAUAACAAGGGAAAGAAAUGGAAAGAGACGUUCGUGAUAACAUCCAUUCGACCCGUUGAAAACAAUUCUUCACAACAGAGAAUCGAGGAGACUGCUGUCAAGUAGUGUACAUCCCAAGUAGCAUUCCCAACACUUUCCCCCCCCUC